AUCUGUGUAAUAUUCAGAGUUCGCGGGAAAUUUGUAAUUGAAUUUGCAAUCAUGUAUGGUUGGCUGCUGGAAAGCGUUCAACAUUUUAUCGUGCAAGAAUGUGGGGAAGAAAUAUGGGAGACCAUUCUUCGAGAAGCAGGUGCCAGGAACACCGUCUUUAUGACGCGACAGCAAUAUCCAGAUGCGCUCAUGCUAAGGCUCGCCUGUGCUUUAGCUCGAUUCUUAAACAAGGAUCCAAAUAGCCCAACAAACUCUACACCAAGCAGCCCAGCUCCCAGAAAAGUAUCUUUGAAAUCCAAACCAGCAUGGCGAAGUGCAUCAGUUCACACGGAUAAUAGAAAUCAAUCUUCUAAAUGCCCAUUCAGUUCAACAAAUGCCCUUACAGCGGUGACAAAAAAAGAAAUUGAAGCAUAUAACUCGUCUGAAGAAAUACGAUCACCAACACACAGUGCUACGCCAGCGGAAAAGAUUUGCGAAUUGGAGGAACUAAAUGUUACCCCAACCCGUCUCGCUAUAAGAGAUAGAAGAAGCCUUGGUGUUCACUUAGAAAAGUUCAGAAGCGAACCGACAAAAGAAGAACCGCUUGAAUUUGAAACUGAUGCCGUCAGUGAAGUUUCUGAAGAAGUGACAAAAGAAUCGGAACCAACUUCACCCAUAUCGGAAUGUUCAAAGAAAAGUUCCAUGAAAGGACCUAGGAAAGUUAGCUGCACUUUAGCUAUGGAUGUAUACAAACGGCGUGGUUCUGGAGCUGCUGUACGGCAAAGAGUAAACAGCCUCAAUUUGGUGAACGUAGACAGAUUGAACGAACUCAGAGAGAAGUUCAGUACGCCGGAAAAAGUAAUGUACUUCUUCGGACGAUGUUUCGUCAAGUUCUUUUCCAAUUAUGGGUACGAUACAAUGAUUCGAGCCACAGGUCGUUACUUCUGCACUUUCCUUCAAUCAGUAGACAGCAUACAUCAACGCAUGAGGUUCACCUUCCCGCGGAUGAGGUCCCCGCGGAUGCAGUUAACUAGAGCUCAUAGACAUGGGGCUGAAUUGGUUUAUAGUAGUGGAAGAACUGGGUAUACACACUAUCUCAUGGGUCAAUUAUAUGAAAUAGCUGAGGAUAUAUUCUCGUUGAAGUUGAAAGUGACAAUCAUGAAGGAGAGUAUGGAGGGAAAUUACUAUGUUGCUGUACUGAGGCUGGAAUUCGAUAACAGUGACUAUGUACAAUCGCUAAUGGCGAAAAAAUCUCUACCGUGCCCUUUGCCGGCGGUGCCCGCAUCCUUACUAUUACAACUAUUCCCAUUCGGUGUACUUUUAGAUAGAAAAAUGAAAAUAUUGGUCGCUGGUGAGAAGUUGAUGGAAGCCUGGGGAGGGCCAUUAAGUCGUAUGCACAAAUCUGCAAUAAACGAAAUAUUAAGGCUCAGAAAACCUAAAGUUUCUUUCACUUGGGAUAAGGUGGUAUGCAUGCAGAACAUGAUGUUCGAGCUGGAGCUGGUCCGCUGGCGCGCGCGGGCCGCCGCCGACUCGCGGCGCGGCUCGCACGGCGCGCGCUCCGUGCUGCUCAAGGGGCCCAUCUAUCUGCUGGAGGAGAUCGACGCGCUCAUAUUCCUGUGCAGCCCCAUAUUCAACGAUCUGGAUGAACUUCGCCAAGCCGGUCUUUGCUUGGCUGACAUGAACGGCCACGGUCUGUCCAAAGAGAUGCUUCUUCAAGGCUGGCAGCAUUUAUCCAGGCUGGAGUUACUCUUUGAGAAGGCAGAAAGCCGCAGUAUGACGCUAGAGAAAUCCUGUCGACUCCUGGACCAGUGGAAGAAGAAGGGAGACCAGUUGCUGUACUCCAUGAUACCGAAGACUAUUGCUGAUCAGUUGAGGAGCGGAAAAUCGCCUGUCGCUGAGAACUUCGACUGCGUGACGGUGAUGUUCUGCGGCGUGCAGCUCACUGAGACGGGCACGCGGGAAGACGUUAUGGCCACCGUCAGCUAUAUGAACGACGUGUACUCUCGGAUCGAUCGCUUGCUGGACACGCACCAGGUGUAUAAGGUAGAGACGGUGGGCACGGUGUACAUGGUGGUGGCGGGCGCGCCGGAGCGGCGGCGGCGGCGCGCGCACGCCGAGUGCGCCGCCGGCGCCGCGCUCGCCGUCUCGCGCGCGCUGCCCAUACUCACUAUCGGUAUACAUUCGGGUCCGUGUCGUGCCGGAGUCCUAGGGCUCCGCCAGCCGCGGUACUGCCUCGUGGGAGACACCGUUAAUACGGCGAGUCGAAUGCAAACUACUAGCGAGCCGGGUCGUAUACAAAUCUCGGCGCAAACAGCUGAAGAAUUACCCGCUGGAAGGUUCCGACUGCGAAAGCGAGGCCUUAUUAAAGUCAAGGGUAAGGGCAUGAUGGAGACCUUCUGGUUGGAAGGCGAGGUGGAAGAAGAUGAACAGGAUGAAGCCCUGCAAUUGUUCUCUAUGCUCUGUGGAGAUAAUUAAAGUAUCGUUUUUAAAUGGCGACAA